GUGGUCAUUGUGAUUUGUGGUAGACAUUUGACUAAAUUUACAAUUAAAAAUAACAUAUUUCAAUUUAUUACUAAAAAGAUUAAAUUACGUUCGUACUGUCGCGUAUUGAUUCUAAUGUUUCUACUUUAUAGCUUUUUUGUUGAUUUCUAAAAGUGUACAACCUAAUCUGAUGUAAUGAUCAAUUUUGAAAAGUUAAGAAUUCUGUUGUGAAGGGCUGUUCAAUUCUUUUUCUAGAGAAUUUGCAAGCGGAGGAUAACAGGCACAGGCAUUACGCCGUGCCAAAAUAUGGACAGCGCAACGAUACCACUAAGUCUGGAACCGGUGCAGCACACUGAUGUCUGCGAUAAAAGGCUUUGGAUUGGAAAUUUGGAUACUAGAGUUAAUGAGUAUCAACUACUGAAAAUGGUCCGUGUGUAUGGUAAUAUCGAGAAGUUGGACAUGUUAUUCCACCGGAGUGGGCCGAAUGCUGGUCAGCCAAGGGGGUUUGCCUUUGUGACAUAUAAGUUAAGGCAAGAUGCUAUAAAGGCAAUGAGCUCCUUAAAUGGUCAGCUAUUGGGGAACAGAAGAAUUUGUGUGAAGUUUGCUAAAAACGCUUCAGAGGAUCAAGAGAAACCAAAACCAGAAUUAGGUAUAUCUGCACUGACAGCUGGCAAACCAGAACUAAAAGUAAGCAAGAAAACUGCAAUCCAGACUAUUGAGGCUAAACUAAAAUUAUUAGAAAAUAUGAAAGCUGGAGAUGAUUUUGUUAUUAAUAAAUUAGCUGCUAAUGAAGCUCCAGUUAUAACUCAAUAUCAGCUUAAACAGCACCAAUCAAAUAAAACAAACAGUUCAUUCAAACGGCGGCAUCCUUAUCAUAGGAAAAAAUAAAUAGUAUUAAAAACUUUGUUUAGGAUAAUUAGCAUUCUUAUUAUUAUAUCAGUAUUUCACUUAAAUAUGGGGAGUUGGUAUUUUAAACUACAGUGUAUGAGAUUGAGACACUUAGCUGAAUCUUUAACAAUAC